CAUAGAAGCAGGGCCUAAAUUUUUUUUUUUACAGCAUCCUAAUUCCAACAUGAUGAUUUACUGAUUUAGGGCCUAACUUUUAUGAACUUUGACAAAUAAAUGUACACAUGCUAACCAGAGGUUGGUGUGGUCGAAAAGUCUCAAGUUCAUCCCUCGGGCAGAUGAAGUUUGUUAGCUGGGGACAGCCACUCUACUUCUAUGAGAGACAACUCCAAAAUCAAACAACUGCUGCCUUUUAGUUUGUUCUUGAUAGGACAAAGGCUAUGAAAGCAAAUCCAAAAACACAUUAAGAAAUAAUGAGUGGCCUAAAGCUUGAUCUUCAAUGGUCACCAUUUGAUGAUGACAUAUUUAUUACAUUUGGAACUGCUAUUAACUUGUAUCAAGCAAAGGAAAGAGAUGGCAUAUAUGAAACUAUUAAUCCAGAUAACAAAUUAAGUCCAAAAAUUUCACAAAUUGUACUGUUAGCUACAAGUUCAGAUCUACAGUUUAUGAAAUGUGUUGCAUGGUGCCCCCGAGUAGAGUCCAAAAAUGUUUUCGCUGUUGCUCAAACAAAUGGUCGUAUAAGUAUGGUUAGUAUUGGCCAACAAAGCAAUGAUGACCUUGUAGGAAAAGAAUUCAAUAUAAGAUACAAUCGCCAGUGUAACUAUUUAGCCUGGAACCCAAGUGAAACUCACCUGUUAGCUCAAGGGCUAGAGAGAAGCCGAAAUGAACCAUGUGUGUUGAUCUGGGAUGUAAACAGUUCAAGUAUUGACUUAGGAGAGAGGACGAGGCACAGUGCUAGUGAAGGACCUGUUACAAAACCUGCUUUAGAGCUAGGAUCAGGGGAAUCAAGUUCAUCAUUUUCUUGGUUUACAAAUGACCCAAAGUGUUUUGUGGUUGGAAUGGCUAAUAAGCAUUUGCGAGUAUAUGAUCUCAGGGACACAACAAGACCCCAUCAAGAUGCACAACAUAUCUGUGUAUCUGGUAUUUGCAUUGACCCAAUGGAACCCUAUCGACUUGCAUCUUAUUGUGAAAAUCAAGUUGCCAUUUGGGAUACUCGCAGUUUUGACAGACCUAUAAACAUUAUCACAGAAAAUAAAAAUGUUGUUAAGAUUAGCUGGUGUCCUACUAAACAGGGAAUUCUAUCUGUGCUCACCAAAGAGAGCUCCCAUGUUAAACUUCAUGACAUCAGGCACUCUUUAUUUAGUUCAGAAGAAAUUGAACAAUCAUCUAUUGAAAGGAAUAUUCAACCAUUCAAUAAGUCUCACCUGGCGUCAUUUAGUUGGCAUCCUCGACAAGAAAAUAGGCUUUUGUCUGUUUUGCCUAAUGGUAGUGUAAGGGACAUGACAAUUUACGAUCGAAUUCCUAUGGAAUGGUCAUCCAACUUACAGUUAACUAUGCCAGUCAGCAAAGAUAUCAUCAGAUGUUUGGAAGAGACUGACUUAAAUAAAGACAUAUCCACUGUUAUGAGAAAAAGAAUAAGCCAGAACUAUGGUCUUGAGGCUCAAGAUAUUGCUGUUAACAUGAAGGCUGUUGAAGAUGAACCCCAACUUCAUGGUUUGUGGAGAUGGAUAUUCAAUAUUAGGGUCCUGAUAGCAUCACAAACAGCAUCUAGUAAACAUCGGAUUCCAUAUGCUACUGGAGUAAUCUCCCUUCUUCACAUAGAAGGAGAUGAUGUAAAUUUAAAUAGUGAACCUGUAGCAACUAACUGGAAAGCAUCAGAGAACAUAAAAUACUCAAAACGCACUCAUUACCGUAGCAAUGAAAGAACAAUGGCACUGCAACUUUGCGGCUGGACACCUGAUUAUUUGAAAGAAGGAUUUGAUGCUUUUAUUGAAAAGCUUGUUAAAUCUGGCUCUCCAGAAAGAGCUUCAGCAAUAGCUUUGUUCUAUCUACAUAUUAAAAAAGCUCUUGAAAUACUCAGCAUUUACACAGCAAGCACAGAGCAAGGUGAGGGAUCACCCAAUCUCAAGGCUGUGGCUAUGGCCUUAUCAGGAUUUACUGAAGACAAAAAUGCCUUAUGGAGACGAACGUGUGGAACGUUGAGAUAUCAGUUAAAAAAUCCUUACCUACGAGCUAUAUUUGCUUUUCUUGCCUGUGAUGAAGACAACUAUGAUGAUGUUCUGGAUGAAGAAGAUAUGGCAGUAGAGGACAGAGUUGCUUUUGCCUUGAUAUACUUGCCAGAUGCUAAGUUGAAGACAUAUUUGUGUAAACUAAGUGAGGAACUCAUCAAAGCUGGUGACUUGGAUGGCAUAUUACUUACAGGUAUGUACAGCAAGGGUGUUGACCUGCUUGGAAAUUAUCUAGACCUGACAUCUGAUAUUCAGACAGCGGCCAUAGCUGCUGUAUUUUCCAUGUGUAAGGAGCAAAGAAUUUCUGAAUGGAUUGAUGUAUACCGUGAUCUGUUAGACAGAUGGAGAUUCUGGCACCAAAGAUGUAUAUUUGAUAAUGUACGUCAGACCUUCUACCAAGAUCGUGUUCCACCUUCAGUUAAUAUCAGUUGUAAUUUCUGCGGCAAAUCUAUUUCCAAUACAAUCAUGACUCGUGCCCGAUCCAUGGUUCAAACUGUAUUUAAUCGGGGUGCCCAGAUUAGACCAAAGAUAACAUGCUGUCCUAGUUGCAGAAAAGCUUUGCCACGUUGUGCUAUUUGUUUAACACAUAUGGGAACUUCAUCAGGUACAGGAAUAGCUACAGGUAGUGGAGCAAAGUUAACACCAAUUCAGGAAUGGUUUACCUGGUGCCAGACCUGCAGACAUGGCGGUCAUGCUGCUCAUCUUAUCCAGUGGUUCAGUGAACACAGUGAGUGCCCUGUGACAGGAUGUACAUGUAAAUGCAUUGCACAAGAUAAAGUCAAACUCCAACUGCCUCAUGUCAAUGAUAAUGGUAACGAUGUGUCAGCAUCGUAAAGACUAGUCCAAAUUUUUUCAUCUACAUGCAUUUUACAUUUAUAAUUUAAAUGCUAAUGUACAAGAUUUUCUUUUUGUCUCAAUUUUUCAUUGAGUAGGUCAUCUCAAUACAAACCAUGGAUUAAUUUUUUUUAAUCCAGCUGCCUUCUGUACAUUCAAAAUGUUUGACUGUUUUGUUUU